GGAGUCUGCAGGAUGCUGGAGAGUUGGUACGAGCUAUCCACAAGACAGCUUGAACUUUCCUGGGGAUUCCUCUAUCAGCCUGUUAGAUCGUGUCGUGCGUUUCGCCAGAUACCAAAAUAAAAUAUUCCCUCCAGUGCCCUUUUGGAAUAUUAUGACUUCUCUCCUUAAAAACUGACCAACUCUUCCCACUGCCAGGAACUAUCUUGUCUUCAGAGUCUGGGAUAAAGGCUAGCAAAUGAGAAAGCUAUGUCAUUGCGGUUUUUCCAUCCCUAACACUCCCAGAGGGGCUUCGUUCCUACCAUUUUUCUAACCUUCAGAAAUUUCUCCAGAGCAAUGACCCAGAAGACUUGAUCAAUUUACGAUUAGAGUGACAUUGUUUCCCGAGCCCCCAAAAUGGCAGCUAAAAUGGAGAUAACUUUGAGUACCCACACUGAGGAUUCUGACAAGCAAGAAGGACACAUAAUAAUGAAGCUGGAAGAGAAACGUGGGCCCCCUCAGCAAAAAGCCUGCACUGAUCCUGAGCUUUCCCGCCAGAGCUUCAGACACUUUUGUUAUCAAGAAGUGUCUGGACCCCAGGAAGCUCUCUCCUGCCUUCGACAGCUCUGUAGACAGUGGCUGCAGCCUGAAUUACACACUAAGGAACAGAUUUUGGAGCUCCUAGUGAUGGAGCAGUUUCUGGUCAUCCUACCUCCAGAGAUCCAGGCGCAAGUCAGGCAUCGGUAUCCAAUGAGCAGCAAGGAGAUUGUGACUCUGGUGGAAGAUUUGCACAAAGCAUCCAAAAAACCAAAGCAGUGGGUGACCGUUUGUAUGCGAGGGCAAAAGGUGCUCCUGGAGAAAACAGGAACUCAGCUUGUAGAACAAGAACUUCCAGACUCUGAACCUCAAACUGCUAGCAGAGAUAUUCAAGAGAACUCUCUGGAAGGGCCUUCCUGGGAAGGAUCUCAUGACCAGCUGAGUCCCCAUCAUGGGGAGAAAUAUCCCUUCUACCAGGAACCAGUCCCCAAAUUGACUGAGACAGAGGCCUCCAGGAUGAGAAGUGAGAAAGAAAACCCACAACAGGAGGGGGCAAAAGGAGCAGAGACACAUGCAGUGUCACCCGGGAGACCUAAAGGGGGUAGUCUGCACAGCCCUGAGCCAAGAGGGGUGAACAUGAGUGAACCCCGAUUGUCACAGAGGCAGGCCAGACCCCCAAAUGCUCAGAAGGCAUUUGCUCACUACCAGAGACAUUGCAGAGAACUGGACUAUAUCAGCAACCCCCUCAGAGGCCAUCCACUGAGAGAAUUAAAGAAAAGCAAAGGAGGCAGAAGAAGUCUGAGCAGCCUUCUGCAAUGUCUUAGUCACCAGGCAGCCCGCUCAGCCAAGAAACCCUAUAAAUGUGACGACUGUGGGAAGAGCUUCACCUGGAAUUCAGAACUGAAACGACACAAGAGAGUGCACACGGGAGAGAGACCCUACAUCUGUGGGGAGUGCGGAAACUGCUUUGGGAGGCAGUCAACUCUGAAACUGCACCAGAGAAUCCACACUGGGGAGAAACCAUACCAGUGCAGCCUGUGUGGGAAAAGCUUUCGCCAAAGCUCCAAUCUCCACCAGCACCACAGGCUCCACCAUGGGGACUGAACAGAUACUAGGUGCUUUAGACUCCCAGGGAAGGGCUUCUUGUCUCUCCCUUACUUGCAUGUAAAUCACUGAUGUCUUUUUGACCCUUGGGGAGUGAUGGAUGAGUACUGAUGGGGCCUGUCUGCAAAGAUGGCAGAUCUGGGGUUGGGGAAAGAGAACUGCAGUCACUGCAGAGUGGGGACUAGUUACUGAGGAGUAGGAUGAGCCACAUACUAUUAGAAGUCACACUAAUAGAAUGAGGAUGAGCCACAAGUGGUUUUAAUUAAUUAAUUAAUCCUUAAUUAAAUUCUCCUUGUUGCUUUGUCUUAUAAAAUAGUUGUUUUUAUGUGCACACUUGAGCAGUUCACCAGAAUUCCAAGAAAACAUUCACUGAGAAGUCCACUAAUAGUCUUUCUGCAACUAACUUUUUUAUUGUUGGUGUUGGUGGUUUUUAAUUAAUUUUUAUUUAUUUUUGAGACAGGUUUUCUCUACAUAGCCCUGGCUGUCCUGGAACACACUCUGUAGUCCAGGCUGGCCUCGAACUCAGAGAUCUGUCUGCCUCUGUCUCCCAAGUGCUGGGAUUAAAGGCGUGUACCACCACCACUGGGUGGUAGUUGGCACUUUUAUUUAAAAAGUUGUAUUUGAGGGAUCCUUUUAUAUCAAAAUUCUUUUGAUUUACAAAAGAUGUUGCAACUCCAGCCCAAAAUAUAAGGAAAAGCCACAGGGAGAAGUAGCUACUGCUCUUCUGCUCUGGUGGACAGGGAACUUCUGCCUCUUCUUUCUCAAAUAAGCCAUUAGCUUUAAGACUGUGACUGGCAUUUUCACAGUGUUCACAAUUGGAUUAUGGUGAUGGUUACAAAACUCAGUGACUCCAGGAAAAUUACUGAAAUAGGCUAAUUUAUGAUAAGUACCUCCAUAGCAUUUUUUAAAAUGACAGAAUACUAUAUUUAUAUAAAAUGUUAAGAGUUUCAGAACUGGGUCUGAGACACCAUCCUGUGCCAAACUCUUGUUUUCUCAAAGUAGGAAGUAGAAUCUAAUCAGUAUGACCCUAGGCAAGCCGACCUCUUUCCCAGUUCAGGCCAGUAAGAUGUAGUAACUUGUGUACAAAUAGGAGAA